AGCCCGUGAGCGCGCGCCACACUUCCUCAAUCGACGGAAUCACAGAGUGAAAAAACGAGAGGAAGAGAAAACACCAAGUUUCGUCGUGCUGCGGUGAAAAAACACUCAGCAUCGAGUUUGCAGGAAGAGGUGACCCUGGUACUCAUCACCAUGGCUCCUUUCUUGCGGAUUGCCUUUAACUCGUAUGACCUGGGCAUCUUACCCCCUUUGCCUGACCCACCAUUCUGUGCAAUCAAAAUGAAGGAGGCCUUGACAACUGAGCGUGGAAAGACCCUGGUUCAGAGGAAACCCACUAUGUACCCAGCCUGGAAGGCUAGUUUUGAUGCACACAUCUAUGAGGGUCGUGUCCUUGAAGUACUAUUGAUGAAGACAGCAGAGGAACCGCUGGCUGAAGUCACUGUUGGCGUGUCCGUCCUUGCUGAACGCUGCAAGAAAGCUAACGGACGAGCUGAAUUCUGGGUGGAUCUCCAUCCAUCUGGGAAAGUGAUGAUGGCAGUGCAGUACUUUCUUGAAGGAGUAGAUGCAGAGAGUAAGCAGACCGCCAAAGAGGAAGAGGCUCCUAACAUAAACCGUAGAAGAGGAGCAAUCAAGCAGGCCAAGAUCCACUUCAUUAAGAACCAUGAGUUCAUUGCCACGUUCUUCAGACAGCCCACUUUCUGCUCAGUGUGUCGAGAGUUUGUCUGGGGGCUUAACAAGCAAGGCUAUAAAUGCAGACAAUGUAAUGCAGCCAUCCACAAGAAAUGCAUAGACAAAAUCAUCGGCAGAUGCACUGGUACUGCUGCCAACAGUCGGGAUACUGUGUUCCAGAAGGAGCGCUUUAAAAUCGACAUGCCGCAUCGCUUCAAGAUCAACAACUACAUGAGUCCCACCUUCUGUGAUCACUGUGGAAGUCUGCUGUGGGGUCUGGUCAAACAAGGCCUCAAGUGUGAAGAUUGUGCCAUGAAUGUCCACCACAAGUGUCAGGAUAAAGUAGCCAAUCUUUGUGGUAUCAACCAGAAACUACUAGCUGAAGCACUUACACAAGUUGGCCCGAAAUCAUCCACUCGCCGUUCAGAUCCGAACUUGCCUAAUCUGCCUGAUAUUGGAAUCUAUGAUGAGGUUAACAAGCUGGCUGAACUGGAUAUUCAAGAUGGCCCUACUUAUGGCAGACUGUGGGAGGGGUCCAGCCCACGGCCUGUGUCUCGUAUUACUCAUAUGACCCGAAUCAACGUGGACAAUUUCAUCUUCCAUAAGGUCCUGGGAAAAGGAAGCUUUGGCAAGGUUCUCUUGGCAGAGCUCAAGGGUCGUGGAGAGUACUUUGCAGUGAAGGCUCUGAAAAAAGAUGUAGUGCUGAUGGAUGACGAUGUAGAAUGCACUAUGGUAGAGAAGCGAGUCUUGGCUUUAGCUUGGGAAAACCCCUUCCUCACACACCUUUACUCAACCUUCCAAACCAAGGAACAUCUAUUCUUUGUGAUGGAGUAUCUGAAUGGAGGAGACCUGAUGUUUCACAUUCAGGAGAAAGGCCGCUUUGAACUCUACAGAACCACGUUCUACUCUGCUGAGAUCAUUUGUGGUCUUCAGUUCUUGCACUCCAAAGGGAUCAUCUACAGAGAUCUUAAAUUGGACAAUGUGAUGCUGGAUCAUGAGGGACACAUUAAGAUUGCUGACUUCGGCAUGUGUAAGGAGAAUGUGUUUGGAGAGAAUCGCGCAACGACUUUCUGCGGUACUCCUGACUACAUCGCUCCAGAGAUCCUGCUGGGACAGAAGUACUCGUUCUCAGUUGACUGGUGGUCUUUUGGGGUCUUGCUGUAUGAGAUGCUGGUUGGACAAUCGCCUUUCCAUGGGGAUGAUGAGGAUGAGUUGUUUGAAUCAAUCCGAAUGGACACUCCUCACUAUCCUCGCUGGAUCAACAAGGAGGCGAAGGACCUGCUGGAACGGUUGUUCGAGAGAGACCCCACACGCAGGCUAGGGAUUGUGGGUAAUAUUCGCUUACACCCCUUCUUCAAGAGCAUUAACUGGCAGAUCCUGGAAAGGAGGGAGGUUGAACCACCUUUUAAACCCAAAGUGAAAGCACCUAAUGACUACAGCAACUUUGAUCGGGAAUUCCUCAGUGAGAAGCCCCGCCUCUCCUACAGUGACAAAAACUUCAUAGACUCCAUGGACCAAUCAGCAUUCACUGGUUUUUCAUUCAUAAACCCCAAGAUGGAGCACCUUUUAGAAAAAUAAUUGUUUUUACAGUAUUCAGAUGUACUGUAGGUUACAUCCUUGCUGCUUGUGGAACAGUUCAGUUAUUCUGUCUCGUAUUAAAAACAGUCAGGUGAACUGUUCCACAGUCAGUGUCUGUGUGACCUUUUGUAAGCACAAACUAUUACUUUUGGUACACGUAGAACUGAUACAAGUAGACAGGCCCUCUUACUGUACAUAUUGAUGUGACUGUGUUUGUGUGCAUGCUUAUUUGUCUAGGAUGUAAAGGCCUGUGUGAGUAAUAAUAUAAGGGUGUGAUGUUGAAAAUACUCACAUCCUCUUGACGUCACUGCUGCCAUCUGCAGUCAUUUUGUGUCCCACUUAGUAACAUUCAAUUCAACCCAGCUCGGGAUAAAGAUUCAUGAAAAGGGAAAGGAACAUACUGUAACAUACUGUAAACUUCAAAUGUAGACUGUAUGAACCAGUCAACUGCAUGUAUAGGUAUGUCACAACAAACACCUAUUCAUCUCCUUCACCUUAUUAAUGAAUGUAAUCUCUUUCUUAAAUGUCUGAAUCAUUUCCUGUGACUGGAUAAAUCAUGUCUUGCUGAAAAUUAAUAACUUGUAUUUGUGAAGUUGACGAAACAGUGCCAUGUAAAGAACAAAUUUAAGCAGAGGAACAGUUUAUCUAUCUGCAGUUAAACGGUCCUCUGAAAGGAUAGAAUAAUGGAUGCAGACGGGUGCAGAAGUUCAAAAAAAGGUACACCACUUUAAAAUAAUGAGUGAUAAAGUUACAGAGAUGCUGUAUAUAGACAAUGUAUAUGGUUAUUGUUGUAUUAUGUAUAUUGGUUAGCUAAGGAUGUACUUUUUUACUGUCUCCAUCUUUUACAUCUGAUUAAAAAACCAUCAACUCCCAA